AUGCGGACGCUGAGAUGGUCCGUGGUUUUGCCCCUGUGCGUCUCCUGCAGCUACGCCUUCAUGUUCUGCUCGCUGAAGGACAAGGCCAAGGAGACCCCGGGCAAGGCGCCUUGUGGAGGGCACUUCCGGAUCAGGCAGAACCUUCCAGAGCACGCCCAAGGCUGGCUUGGGAGCAAAUGGCUCUGGCUUCUCCUCAUCCUUGCGCUGUAUGCGAUCCUGAAGUUCCGAGGAGAACGGGAGAAGAAGAAGGAGCAGAAUCCUACUGGCCUUCGAAGCUAUCAGUUUCGUGGUCCGUCCAAGAAAACUCAAAAUGCUUCCACCACCAAAGACUGCACCUUCAAUACCUUAACUCAGCUGGAGAUGGAACUGGUGAAAUUUGUGUCCAAGGUGCGGAGUCUUAAAGUCUCCAUGGCAGCCGGCAGUAACCUCAGGCUGCAAGUCCCAGAGAUGCCGGUGGAUUCGCAUAACAAUAUUACGAUAUAUGAGAUAUGGGGAGAAGAAUCCUAG